AUGUUGGCGGAUGUGGAUAAAAUAGGCACGCGGGAGAAGAAUGCUAUGGCUCCGGGGAAUGUAUGUGACGAUCCUCCGUCCUUAAAUGGCAAAGCUUCUCCUCAUUCCCGGUUCAUUCGGGUUUUCGGAACCAUCUUUCUCUUUGCCGCUGUUCCUGUUGUUGCCAUUGGCUACAAAUAUUACCAAGACACACAGCUUGUAAAGCGUCAUGAGGCGGGUUUGAAAUCACUUGGUGCAGACGGACUCUUUUUCUUCUCUUCCUUGGAUACAGACCAUGAUCUUUAUCUUAGUCCUGAGGAGUUCAAACCCAUCGCAGAAAAACUCACAGGCAUUUCCCCUCCCCAGGAUUCUGAAGAGGAAAUUCCCAUAGAACCUGGUGGCGAGACCCUAACCAUCCAGGCCAAAAUGCAACCACUGCUGCUAGAAACCAUGACCAAGAGCAAAGAUGGCUUUUUAGGGGUAACCCACAGUUCUCUAAGUGGACUGCGCUCCUGGAGAGGUCCCACUGUGCCUUCCUCCACCUUCUCUGCCAGCCAGUUCAGGGUUUUCCUUCCUCCCAAAAACAAAGUAGAGGUGGGAGACCCUUGGUGGAUCAUCCCAAGUGAGCUUAACAUCUUCACUGGGUACUUGCCUAACAAUCGCUACCACCCUCCAACACCACGAGGCAAAGAGGUGCUGAUACACUCACUGUUGAGUAUGUUUCAUCCUCGGCCUUUUGUCAAAUCCCGUUUUGCACCUCAAGGAGCGGUGGCCUGCAUACGUGCUCUUAAUGACUUUUACUAUGACAUUGUGUUCAGGAUACACGCAGAGUUCCAGCUAAACGAUGCCCCUGACUUCCCUUUCUGGUUCACACCGGGGCAGUUCACUGGCAAUAUUGUCCUCUCCCGGGACUCUUCCCAUGUCCGUGACUUCUACCUUUAUGUCCCCAAUGACAAAUCUCUUAAUGUGGACAUGGAGUGGUUGUAUGGAGCCAGUGAAAGCAGUAAUAUGGAGGUGGAUAUUGGCUAUCUCCCACAGAUGGAGCUCCGAGCAGCUGGCCCAUCCACACCCUCUGUCAUUUACGAUGAGCAGGGCAACAUCAUUGAUAGACAUAGUGAGAGUGGAGAACCCAUUCAGUUUGUAUUUGAAGACAUCCACUGGACAUCAGAGAUCAGUCGCGAGGAGGCAGCUCGCCGCAUAGAAGUAACAUUCUAUCCCUUUAAGAAGGUGACCUAUCUGCCAUUCACUGAGGCCUUUAACAAAGCUCAUGCAGAGAAGAAGCUGGUCCACUCCAUACUUCUCUGGGGAGCUUUGGAUGACCAGUCUUGCUGAGGCUCAGGGCGGACUCUCCGGGAAACAGUCCUGGAAAGUUCGCCCGUUCUUGCCUUGCUUAACCAGAGCUUUAUCAGUAGCUGGUCUCUAGUCAAAGAGCUGGAAGACCUGCAGGCUGAUGAGAAGAAUCCGGUUAUGAGUGAAAAGGCUCGUCUACAUUUAGAAAAGUACAACUUCCCUGUGGAGAUGAUGGUUGCACUGCCCAAUGGCACAGUGGUUCAUCACAUCAAUGCAAAUAAUUUCCUGGAUCAGACAUCCAUGAAACCAGAGGAGGAAGGAACCACGUUUAGCUUUGCGGGGGGAUUUGAGGACCCCUCCACUUCCUCUUAUAUCCGCUUCUUGCAAGAGGGGCUGGAGAAAGCCAAGCUAUACCUGGAGUAAUAAAAGCUGUGUGUGUGUGUAUGUGUGUUUGUGCGUCUGUGUGUGUGAGAGAGAGAGAGAUGACUGGAACCACAGGAAAUGAGUGCCUCCC